AUGCGCCUCAAAGGCAUCUUCGCCGUCUUCGGCAUAGCGGCCACUACAUCUGCCAUUGGUCUUCACAAGGCGUUGGACGGUCUGCUACAAGUCACUCCUUCCUUUGGUGGCGAUGAUAUAGCAUUGCAUCCUGGGUUGAGCCCCAGCCACAAUUUGCUUGACUUGGAGCAUCUCUCUGCAGGCCUGGAGAAGAUCCUACAUUACAGCCAAGAGGGCCAUCGUCGUAAGUCUAAUGCGUUCCAAUAA